AUGCGUUACUUUCUUGAUUUUUGCACAGAAUUGCUUGAAGAAAGAAAGAAAGAGAAAAAUCAGAGUGCACGUAAAAAUCUACUACAGCUGAUGUUAGAUGCUCAACUUGAAGGCCAUGAAAAGUUAGACAAGAAAACUGAAGAAGAACUCAAACUAGAAAAUAUUACAGACUGGAGAACAAAAAGAGGUCUUACAGAUUUAGAAAUCAUUGCACAAUGCAUGGUCAUUUUUAUUGCUGGCUUUGAGACGACAGCAGGCACUCUGUCCUAUUUUGCUCACUCUAUAGCAAUGAACCCGGAUGUUCAAGAGAAACUUUACCAAGAGAUAGAAGAAAAACUUGGACAGGAAUCUCCAAAUUAUGAUAACGUGCAGAAGCUGACCUAUCUUGAUAUGUGUAUGGCUGAGACAUUGAGGAUGUAUCCAAUAGCUACGGUGUUGUCAAGGGAAUCAAAAGAAGACUGCAUUGUGAAGGGAAUGAAAAUUCCCAAGGAUACAGCAGUCCUGUUUCCAAUCAUGUGUUUACAUUAUGAUCCAAGAUAUUGGACUGAACCGGAAAAGUUUGAUCCUGAACACUUCAGUGAGGAAAACAAAGCCAAACAAAUACCCUUCACUUAUCUUCCUUUUGGUGGUGGGCCACGAAUCUGUGCUGGAAUGCGAUUGGCAGAUCUUGAAUUCAAGAUGGCUGUUGUACAAAUGCUGAGGAAAUUCCGUCUUGUUGUUUGUGACAAAACUGAAAAGAAGAUUGAAUUUGCUGCAUCAGGAUUACUUAAGCCAAAAAAUGGAAUCUGGCUCAAAAUUGAACACCCCAUUGUCAUCACCCUUUAUUUCUAUGGAAGAAGAACUUUUGGCUUUUUUAUUGAAUAUGGAAUUAAAGGCCCAAAACCAAUUGCUUAUUUUGGAAAUCUUUUGGAAAUAAGUCAAAGAGGACUUUACAAUAUAUUUUUUGAUUGGAAGAAAAAAUAUGGAGACAGAUAUGGCAUCUUUUUUGGAUUGCAACCAAGUCUGAUUAUUUCUGACCCUGAAAUUAUUAAAGAUGUGAUGGUCAAAAAUUUCUCCAAUUUUACAAACAGACCUAUACCAUUCAAGAUAGAUGAGUACAGUGCAAACAUGUUACUUAUGGCAAAAGACGAUCAUUGGAAAUACCUUCGUACUGUCUUGGCACCAUUUUACAGCUCGAAAAGAAUGCGUGAGAUCGUUCCCUUGAUUGAAGAUGUUCUGAAGACUUUUGAAAAAAACUUAAAUAAGAUUGCGGAUAGCAAGGAAGCAACUGAUGUUACCAUUUUAUUUUCAGGUUAUACAAUGGAUGUGAUUGCGUCAACUGGAUUUGGAAUUAAAGCCCGCAAGGAUCUGCUCCAGCUGAUGUUAGAUGCUCAACUUGAAGGCCAUGAAAAGAUGGACAAGAAAACUGAACAAGAUCUAAAACUGGAAAAUAUAACAGACUGGAGAACAAAAAGAGGUCUCACAGAUAUAGAAAUCAUUGCACAAUGCAUGUUGUUUUUUGUUGCUGGCUUUGAGACUACAGCAGGCACUCUGUCCUACUUUGCUUAUUCUAUGGCAAUGAAUCCAGAUGUUCAGGAGAAACUUUACCAAGAAAUAAAAGAAAAACUUGGACAGGAAUUUCCAAAUUAUGACAAUGUGCAGAAUCUCUCCUAUCUUGAAAUGUGCAUGGAUGAAACAUUGAGGAUGUAUCCAAUUGCUUUACUACUGACAAGAGAAUCAAAAGAAGACUGCGUCGUUAAGGGAAUGAAAAUUCCCAAGAAUACUGAAGUCAUGUUUCCAGUCAUGUGUUUACAUUAUGAUCCAAGGUAUUGGACUGAUCCGGAAAAGUUUGAUCCUGAACACUUCAGUGAGGAAAACAAAGCCAAACAAAAAUCCUUCACGUAUCUUCCUUUUGGUGGUGGGCCACGAAUCUGUGCUGGAAUGCGAUUGGCUGAACUUGAAUUCAAGAUGGCUGUUGUACAAAUGCUGAGGAAAUUCCGUCUUGUUGCUUGUGACAAAACUGAAAAGAAAAUUGUCUUUGAGCUAGCAGAGAUACUUAAACCGAAAAAUGGAAUCUGGAUCAAAAUUGAACACCGUUAA